UUGGAAUUGGUUUUGGUUAUAAGUUAAAAGAGUGGAGAAUAAAAUACUUGAAGGAGAAACGGAACUUCUUUGAAAGAAAAUUCAAAAAAGUACAAGAACAAUUGGAACAUAUUGCCAAAAAUUGAUAUUUUCAUAAUUUUUCUUUCAAUCUGACUUCACUUUUUAAUCGUACUAACAUGUCUACAUCUGUUCGACCUCGUCCAUCUCCACUAAACUCUCCGCGUUCCUCUCCUUGUCCUUCACCUCGUAGUUCACCUCGUUUUUCUCGUAAACAUCUUCGUUCACCUACAGUGAAGAAAAGGAUGAUGCCUAUAGUGGUAGUACAUGGCGGAGCAGCCUCUAUCCCACCGGAUAAGCAACCACUGAAAAUGGAUGGUGUGAAACGAGCCGUUAAUAAAGGAUACGACGUUCUGUUGUCACCAGACGGGACUGCACUGGAUGCUGUGGAAGCUGCUGUGAAAGUAAUGGAAGAUGAUCCAGUCUUUAAUGCAGGAUUUGGAUCAUCUCUUACAAUUAAUGGAGAAGUAGAAAUGGAUGCAAUCAUUAUGGAAGGAACACGAAUGAGAGCAGGUGCAGUUGCUGCAGUUACCGAAGUUGCAAGUCCUGUUUCACUUUCUAGAAAAGUGAUGGAACAGAGUGAUCAUGUCCUUCUUAUUGGCUCAGGUGCACACCAGUUUGCUCAAACUGUGGGCAUGCCACUCAUUCAACCCGAACAGCUUGUUACUAAUUAUGCUCAAGAUAGGCUUCAUCAAUACAAAACUUUUAUGAAUGUUGUGAAAUCCUCCAUGUCCUUAAAUGAUCAUGACACAGUAGGUGCUGUGGCUAUUGAUUCUGCAGGACAUGUUGCUUGUGCUACUUCUACAGGUGGUAUAACUGCAAAACUUGCUGGGAGAGUGGGGGAUACUCCUGUUGUGGGAGCCGGAGGAUUUGCUGAUGAUUUUGUUGGUGCUGUGUCAACUACUGGGCAUGGAGAAGCAAUCAUGAGGGUUUGCUUAUCUCGCCAUAUCACUGGUCUUAUGCAACAAGGUAUGUCUGCUCAUGAUGCGGUUGUUGCUGGUUUGGAAUACAUGAAAAACCGAGUUCAAGGCUAUGGAGGUGCAAUAUGUGUGAGUAACAGUGGUGACAUAGGUGUUCAUUUUACUACUGAACAUAUGGCGUGGGGUUACAGGAAAGGCAAUGUUCUACAUUUCGGCUUCAAACCUAAUGAAGAUAUAUCAGAUGUAGUACAAAUAGACUGCUCACCCUAGACACAAUCAACACGACUUUUAGAAUUUUUACAAAGAUUGUAAAGGAAAUUUUUCUUUUGCAAAUAUUGUAGCAGAGCUAUUUUUGGAAGAUUAUAUAUAGAUAAGCCUAUUUAUAUCAUCUACAUAUGGAUCGCUUGAUUUCUUUUGCAACUCAUGAGUCACAAUUGUCAAAUGAGAUUUUUGUCAUUUAACUUAUCUCAAUUUUGCUAAUCUUAGUCCUUUGCUGUAUUUAAUUUAGAGUGGUUUCAAGCCACACAUUGGAUCUUCCUUUAGCUGUCAAAAAAGAAAGAAACCUGCUUUCUUUUCUUUUUGUAUGAUAUAUUUUCUUUACUGUUGACUUGUAAAAUUAAACAGAGUAAUUCCUACUUCAAUAAAGUUUUUGAUCGAUUCA